AUGCACUCUCAAUGGCUGUCCCAGAGAUGGACAGCCUACUUCUGCUUCCUUUCCCUUUUGCUGUCUCUCAUUACUCCUGCAGUCUCGGUCAAGGAGAACGACUUCAAGAAAUGCCACCAGUCCGGCUUCUGCAAACGCAACAGAGCCUAUGCUGAUAAUGCACUUGCAUCGAAUUCUUGGGAAACACCAUACAAGAUCCUGCCAGAGUCAACGUCCUUCAAGGAUGGCCAACUUCAGGCUGUCAUUCUCAAGACCAUCAACGAACAGGGCGAAACUGUCCGACUCCCAAUAACCGUCUCCUUCCUCCAAGCAGGCACCGCCCGAGUCACUGUCGACGAGGAGAAGCGGCAAAAAGGAGAGAUCGAGCUCCGUCACAACAGCCCGGUCCGCAAGGAACGCUACAACGAGGUCGACAAGUGGGUCAUCGUUGGUGGGACAGCCCUUGACAAGGAUGCCAAGGUUGUCUUCGAGGACAAGUCCCAGACAACUGUUCAGUAUGGACCGGAUUCGAAGUUUGAGGCUAUCAUCAAGUUUGCACCCUUCAGCAUUGACUUCAAGAGGGACGGCAACACGCAGAUCAAAUUCAACGACCGUGGCCUGCUAAACGUGGAGCACUGGAGGCCCAAGGUUGACAAGGUCGAGCCCGAGAAAAAGGAGGGAGAGGCCGAGGCAAGCGCAGAGGCUGAGGCCGAGAAGAAGACCGAGGAAGAACCUAAGGGCGAAGACGAGAGCACUUGGUGGGACGAGUCCUUUGGAGGCAACACUGACUCCAAGCCUCGUGGCCCCGAGAGUGUUUCUCUGGACAUCUCCUUUGUCGGCUACGACCAUGUCUUCGGUAUCCCUGAGCACACCGGCCCUCUGUCUCUGAGGGAGACUCGUGGUGGCGAGGGCAACUUCGAGGAGCCGUACAGACUGUACAACGCCGAUGUCUUCGAGUACAUCUUGAACAGCCCUAUGACCCUCUACGGAGCCAUUCCUUUCAUGCAGGCCCACAGGAAGAACUCCUCGGCUGGUGUGUUCUGGCUUAACGCUGCUGAGACUUGGGUCGAUAUCACCAAGGCCAAGGAGACGAAGAAUCCACUGGCCAUUGGUACUUCUGCCAAGACGAACACCCACUCCCACUGGAUCUCCGAGAGUGGUCUGGUCGACGUCUUUGUCUUCCUUGGACCUACUCCCCAGGACCUCACCAAGGCCUUUGGCGAGCUCACCGGCACUACUGCCAUGCCCCAGGAGUUCGCGCUCGGAUACCAUCAGUGCCGUUGGAACUAUAUCUCCGAUGACGACGUCAAGGACGUCGAUCGUAAGAUGGACAAGCACAAGAUCCCAUACGAUGUCAUCUGGCUCGACAUUGAGUACACAGACGGCAAGAAGUACUUCACUUGGGAUGACCACAUGUUCAAGGACCCCAUCGGCAUGGGCAAGCAGCUUGAUGCUAGUGGCCGCCAGCUGGUGACCAUCAUCGACCCUCACAUCAAGAACGAGAACGACUACUCUGUUGUUUCCGAGAUGAAGUCCAAGGAUCUGGCCGUCAAGAACAAGGAGGCAAACAUAUACGAAGGUUGGUGCUGGCCUGGCUCAUCCCACUGGGUUGAUUGUUUCAACCCUGAGGCCAUCAAGUGGUGGAAGUCGCUCUUCCGUUACGAUGCCUUCAAGGGCACCAUGGAGAACACAUGGAUCUGGAACGACAUGAACGAGCCCUCGGUCUUCAACGGACCCGAGGUCACCAUGCCCAAGGACAACAUCCACCACGGCGGCUGGGAGCACCGUGACAUCCACAACAUCAACGGCUUGACCUUCCACAACGCCACCUACGAGGCUCUUGUGUCACGUAAGAAGGGCGAGUCGCGCCGACCGUUCGUGCUCACUCGAUCCUUCUACGCUGGAUCGCAGCGUAUCGGUGCCAUGUGGACCGGAGACAACCAGGCCUCGUGGGACCACCUUGGGGCCUCGAUCCCUAUGAUCUUGGCUCAGGGUAUCUCCGGUUUCCCUUUCGCAGGUGCUGAUGUCGGUGGCUUCUUCGGCAACCCGGAACAGGACCUGCAAGUUCGUUGGUUCCAGGCUGGUGCUUUCUACCCGUUCUUCCGUGGGCACGCCCACAUCGACGCACGCCGUCGGGAGCCCUACCUGAUCGGCGAGCCCUACACUAGCAUGGUCACCUCAGCCCUGCGCCUGCGCUACAGUCUCCUGCCUUCGUGGUAUACAGCCUUCUAUCAAGCCCACAAGGAGGGCUCUCCUAUCGUCCGCCCUAUGUUCUACACCAACCCUACCGAUGAGGGCAGUCUUGAUAUCGACGACCAGCUCUUCCUGGGGAGCACUGGUCUUCUGGUUAAGCCAAUCGUUGACAAGGACCAGGAGUCCACGGACAUCUACAUUCCGGAUGACAGUGUGUACUACGACUACUUCACCUACGACAUCGUGCCGACCCAAAAGGGCAAGAAGGUCACUGUCUCGGCGCCACUGGACAAGAUCCCCCUGCUCAUGCAGGGCGGACACAUCUUCCCGCGCCGCGACCGGCCGAGACGGUCCGCAGCGCUGAUGAAGUGGGACGACUACACUCUCGUGGUCACACUGCCCAAGUCAGGCGGCCAAGCAGAGGGCGAGUUGUACGCUGACGACGGCGACUCGUUUGACUUCGAGAAGGACCAGUACAUCCACCGCAGCCUCGUGCUCGACGGCAACGUCCUGUCAUCCAAGGACGCCGAGGGCAGGGACACCAAGAAGAUCAAGCAGGGCGAGUGGCUCAAGAACAUGAAGAACGUGAGCGUCGACAAGGUCGUCAUCAUCGGCGCGCCGGCAACCUGGGCCGACAAGAAGGAGGUCACGGUCACGGGCGCGGACGGCAAGACGUGGACCGCGCUGGUGGACUACACGCCCGGCAGCAAAACCAAGGCCGCGUUCGCGGUCGUCCGCAGGGUCGGGGCGCCCAUCGGCGAGGACUGGAGCGUGUCAUUUGAGUAG